AUGGCGGCCGAUACCAAGUCCCAUAUUGUCGUGGCGUCUACUCCUACGCCGACAGACCCAGAGAGCAAUAACCCGGAGCAUAACGUAUCAACAUGGGAACGAAUACGUGAGAUUUAUCGCUCAUCCUCUCUGAAUGCAUGUGCUUACGCCACCUACAGGUCUUGGGCAACGUUCGGGUACUUUAUCAGACUGCUUGAUUCGAGCAAUAUCACCAAUGCCUAUGUCAGUGGAAUGAAGGAAGACCUUGACAUCAAGGGAAACGAGUACAACCUUCUCCAAACCUUCUUCACGUGUGGUUAUCUGGUCGGCCAAAUCCCGUCUCAGAUGCUGCUUACACGCAUCCGCCCUUCCAUAUACCUACCUGCGGCUGAGCUUCUGUGGACAAUCAUCACCUUCUGCUUUGCAAGUGUGCAAAAUACCCGGACCGUCUUCGCUCUAAGAUUUAUUCUCGGCAUGCUGGAGAGUCCUUUUGCGGUCGGUGUUCUUACAAUUAUGGGCAGUUGGUAUACUCCUCAAGAACUUUCCAAACGCAUUGCGAUCUUCUACUCCGCUAGUUAUGCCGCCAGCAUGUUCAGUGGCUACUUACAAGCGGCAAUAUACAGGGGCCUCGACGGCGUCGCAGGGCUUGCCGGUUGGAGGUGGCUAUUCAUCUUCUGCGGGCUUAUUUCUAUCUGGGGUCCUCUGUGGGGCUUCUAUGCCGUCCCAGACAACCCGUACUCCUCCAAGGCGCGCUGGAUGCCCGAAGAAGAAAAGAAGAAGCACGUGGAGCGCAUGCAGAAAAUCGAACGCCGUGAGCCUGAGCGCCUGACUUUGCAGAAGCUCAAAAAGAUCGUUACCCACUGGCCGCUCUACGUGUUCAUCUUUGCUCUCAUAUGCCAUUGCGUCGUGACUCAGCCGUUGAACUACUUCUCAGUGUGGCUAAAGUCUCUGAACCAGUUCUCAGUUUAUCAGAUCAAUCUGUUCCCCACUGCGGCUCAAGCCCUGGGCUUGGUGACCACACUCGCCUACUCAUGGCUCUCCGAUGGCUUGAACAAACGCUGGCAGAUACUUGUCAUCCCCGCAACUGUCAACUUUGUCGGUAUGGUUAUCGUUGCCGUUGGUCCUGGCUACGGCGCCACCUUCUUUGGAUACCUCAUCAACGCGGCAUCAUGGGGAUUCUGGCCCGUUCUCUACGCUUGGGCGAUUGAGCUUAUGAGCGAUGACAUGGAGGAGCGUGCGAUUGUCAUCGGAGUUGCGCAAACGUUUGGGCAAGCCUUCAUUGCAUGGGUUCCAGUUGUGAUUCUCGACGUCGGAAAAUACGCCCCCAAAUUCACGAUGGGCUUCAGUGUCAUGUGUGGGAUUUCAGUGCUGCAGUUUGCCAGCAUUUUCAUCAUCAAAUUUGUGAGCGAGCGCUACGGUACAAAGGGAAAGCACGGGAAUGAAACUCUCCCGGUAGACUCCGCAGAAUCGGAUGUUGAUAAGUAG